GUUUGCAAGAACCCAAUGGAGGUCAACGCUGAUGACUUCUUCAAGGCAGCCGCCCUCGACAAGCCGAGGGUGACCAACAAGGUUGGAUCCAACGUCACUUUGAUCAACGUCAUGCAGAUUCCUGGACUCAACACCCUCGGCAUCUCAAUUGCGCGCAUCGACUAUGCUCCCUUGGGUCAGAACCCAGCACAUACGCACCCUCGCGCCACUGAGAUCCUCACGGUGCUCGAGGGGACACUGUACGUUGGCUUUGUCACAUCCAACCAGCCCGCCCCAAACAGAAACAAGUUCAUCUCGAAGGUGCUCAACAAAGGUGACGUGUUCGUCUUCCCCGUGGGGCUCAUCCACUUCCAAUUCAACCCCAACCCCCACAAGCCCGCCGUUGCAAUUGCCGCGCUCAGCAGCCAGAACCCAGGGGCUAUCACAAUUGCCAAUGCGGUGUUUGGGUCAGACCCACAAAUAUCCGAUGAUGUUCUUGCCAAGGCGUUUCAGGUGGAAAAGAAUACAAUAGACUGGCUCCAGGCUCAGUUCUGGGAGAACAACCACAACUAAGUGAAACGUUGGCUG